AUGAACGAGGACACCAACGAGCGAAAAGCGACUCUUGACCGGCUGAACGCGAAAGUGAAAAACGACGCGGAAAAGUUCAAGCAGAGGUUGGAAGACGUGUUCGGGAAAGACAAUGAAAGGAGAAAUAAAUUGUCUACCGGCACGAGUGGUGCAGCAGCGUCUUCAUCUCACGGCCACAAUAGCCAUACAGCGACGCAUCAAUCCUCCCUGCAAUCCACUCUCGGUCCGGACGCCGCACCUAGACCGGCCUCUCCCGGUGUGCGCGCGCGGCAGGAGGAGCUGCACGAGAAGUUGGCGCAAUUGACGAACCGGCCGAGCACCGAGCAUUUGAUCCCGACGAGUUUAGCGGUGGAUCCCUCUGCCUCGGAGGUGGAUCGGUUGUCGGCGCAUCUACGGGCGGGGCUGUCCUUCGACCGAAUGCAGAUGGUGGCGACAAUUUUGUCUGCGGAACCCUCGGCGAGCAGCUCUACUUUUCACAGUAGUUCGUCCGGGAACGAGGAGGACAGCAGGGGUAAAUCUAAAACAGAGGCUGGUGCGAAAGGAACAAAGACGCAGGUCAUAAAGAACAAGGGACAUUUUUCCAAGUCUGCUGUUAACGAGAAAGCAAAAAUGCUUGCGGAGGAGCAUGCGCAUCAUCAAGCAGGGGCUGGUCAAGAUGAACAGGCACUUCCUGCUGCUGAAAUAUCAGUAGAACGACAGAACCCAGUCGCGACAAGUGACAGCGAGCACCACAUGAUGCAAAGUGACGUCACUGUGGAGAUUGAGUUGCCGCCUGCUGCUGGCGAAGCAGACCAGCAAGAACUUCGACAGGGCGUUGGCGUUGCGAAGAGGAGUGAACACCAGCACUGGCCUGUGGAAGCGAAUCAAGAACAAACAGUAGCUGCAGCUGACGCAAGCAACUACAACGACGUCGUCGAAGACGAAUCCUCAUCGUCACGCCGAUCUUCGUCCCAAAUAAAUCAACAAAGUCAACAAGUUCACGACACCACAGAUGAUUGGUCGUCCGUUCCUCUUGAAGUAUCAACGAAAAGAAGAACAAGCCAGGAGGAAGAAAUCCUGCGUGAGAAUGUCCUCCAGCAGACUGCUUGUUCUGUUGUUGACCAGCUGCCACUGCAGUCCGACCAAGUGGACCAGGUAGACCACGAGAUUGAUGCUGACGAAAGAAGCUUGAUCGAAACGCAGAACCGAAAUCCAACCGAACUCGCACAAAAAAUCAACGACCGGCUAGAGCAAGCUUCGAAGUCGACCUCCUCUCUCGGCACAUCCAAAUCUUCGACGGUGGUCGGAGAUCAACAUAUGGCCGCGUCGAGCCAGCACCAGAUGCAAAACAAUCACGGCCCAGCGGGGGCACAAGAACAACUACACAGCGACGUGGAGCCGCAGAGCGACAGCACGGUGGUCCCGGUGGAAGUGGAACUUGUUGGAAAAGCGGCGGAGGUGGGGAUUGGGGCGGUGGUGCAAAAAAAGCUAGCUGUUGAGCGAGUGGCUUCCGGAAAGGACGAUGGUGCUGCAGGUUCAUCUGUCGAACAAGCAGGCACGAAGACGGCUUCCUCGGUGCUGUCCGGGUCCCGGUCGGCGCUAGAACCAGAUGACGCACAAGCUCAAGCAUCGCGCGUUGAUGAACAAGACGAGCAGCUGCUUCUUGCUGAAAAUAACGUGGAUCUCGUCGAAGAAGGGGACUUGCUCCCUUUUCCAUUCCAAGCUGGGGUGGAAAAAGAAGGCUUUCGGAUUGGGAACAACAACCGACAUCAAGAUCCGGAGUUUUUCGAUCCGGACAAUGCGCCUCCGCUGCGCCCGGAGCUGGUGAAGGAUAACAAUUUCUUUGCCAAAUACGUCGACACGGGAAUUCAAACCAGCAAAACGCCAACCAUUUGGUCCUCCUCCGCGAGUGAACAAGGUAGGAGUACCGGGGGAUCGAGUUCGCAUAACCUGUAUCAGCAGCACGAACGGCACCGGCAGGCGCAGUUGAACACUGAUCAUGUGCACCAUGACAACCAUCCCCAUCGCUCGCGGUCGAAAACGAGAAACGAAUCAAAAAACAACAACAGCCCGCUCUCGCCGAUGCUCGGCGGUGGUGUAGGGGCGAACCAGAACCAGUUCCGGACGAGACGGUCGCCGAGCAACCGACGGGUGUUUGACCGGUUGUUUUCUGACGCGGAGAAGUUACACAAGAAGCGGGUGCUGGAGUAUACGAAAGAAAAGCAGAAACACGUAAACGAGUGGGAUGACCGGGUGGACCACAGCCCCUCACCACGCGCGCGAAAUCGAAACGCGUCCCCUGCGCGGGGGCGCGAUAAUGGCCCACACCAACGAUCCGACGCGGACGGUUAUCUGGACCCAGUGCCGGACUCGGAGUACGUGCCUCUGCAGCGACCGGGCUACCGCCCGCCCACGACGAAGUGGAACGUGAGUCAGAAAUACAACGGAUCAUGGAACGAGGUGGAUGUGGACCUCUGGAUGGAAUCGGUCGUGGAUUCUCCCCCGGGGAGGAACCGCGGCAACGUGAACGACUACUACGAGCCCAGUGUGAAUAUGCACGCGAAAAAUAUGCCAAACAUCAUCCCAUCGCCCGAUACUGGACAUCACAAGAAACGCCCGAAAACCUCCGGUGUAGUUGGAGCAGCAAGUGCAAUUGCUGCAGGAUCUGGUCUAUUUUUACCACCAGGAAACAUGAAAAAUAAGCAGCAACGUCCGCGGAGCCAGAGUCCGAGAAAGAGCAAAGGAACGAAGUCCAGAAAGGGUUCCGCGACGGACGACCAGGAAGUGGAAGAGUUAGGUGGGAGAAAGCCGAUGUUUCGCCUCGUAAUCGCUGGAACGGAAAAUAACGAUGGCGGAACUACAGGCACUGAUGCGGUGGCAGGAUCGUCACUACUAAACAACAGACGCGGGGGCACAGGAGCUCCUGCCCAACAAGCCCAACAACCUGUGAAGAACGUGCAGGCGCUCGCCCGCGCGCGACAGAGCGGGCAGAAUAGUGAUUCUCUGGUUCUCCAGGGGACAGAACUCGAGCGGUACCAGAAGUGGAGGGAGAAGCAGAAUCUGCUGCAACAACGGAAGGAGAAACAGCAGAAAAUUUUUGAGAAAAAAAUGCAGCAGAUCCACUCCCCGCGGAACUACGGCGCCGGCCCCAGCGGGCAGGUCGAGCCGGGGAGACUCGGGAGUAACGACAUUGAGUACAGCAAUCCCGGCGCAUUGGGCCUAUCCCCGCAGAACUACCAACCGCUGAAUCUGGACGGGGACUGGGUGAGCCAGCACGACAAAGACGUGUUUUUGAACGCGAAACACCCGACGGCCCUGAUGAAAAAGCGGUAUUUGCUGGCCUUGAAAAAGGAGGAAGAGCAACGGGAACUGAUGCUGGCGCGAAACCGGGAAGUCGACCCGAAAUUGGAAAAAUUGUUUCAGCCCGAGAAGUUGCACAGCAAGUUCCGGAAGCCGUAUUUGGGGCAAGAGCUGGAAAUCCAAAGAGAGAUCGAAGAGGCGAAGCAGCGGAAGGAGUUAGAAAAGGAAAAAGCUGCGGAGCUGUACCGGAAAUUAUGGCUGGGCGGGAAGAAAAAGGAGGCUGAGAACAACAAAAGUGAAAGCCCGAAGGAAGAAAAUGUGAAAAAACCAGAGCCGGUGGUGGAAAGGAAGAUAGAGCCAGUGAAAAUGCCAGAUCCGCCGGCUCAGAAAAAGUGGAUUGACGCGCAGCCGAAACAAGCUGUGAAGCAGAAUAAACCUGCAGCAAAGGUCGCUGUUGCUGGAACCGCUCCGAAAAAGAAAGGAGGAAAAAAUAAGCAGCAGAGUACCCAAGAACAGUAUGAAUCUAUUGACCAGGUGAUUCAAAACGCAAAUCGCCGCAUGCCCGAAGCAAACGAGGACGAGGGUUUGCUCCAUCGAGACAUCACCGGUCCUGGGACGUGGAAGCCGAUUCCGGCGGACAAGCCGGAUUACAAGCAGUACCAGGAGGGCUUGAAGCAAGCAAAAGCAGAGUUAGCGCCUUCGUUAACUGACAAAUUGCACGCGAACCACGUGUACCCAACGAUAAGUGAGGAGGAACUUCAACAACGCGCGCUGGAGCGAGCGGCUGAGGGACGGAAAGAACGGUGGGAAGCCAAAGUGAUGCAAGAACGGAAUGCUGCAGAGGCUGACGCCGCCGCGGCAGAGGAGGCUAAGAUGAGAAGAGGUUUGGUAAGAGGACAGCAACCUCCACCUGCUGCGGCUUCUUCCACAACUGCGGUUGCUGCUUCCAGCGGGUCAUCUGCAGCUACUAGGGGAAAAAUGCUUCGAGGAGAAGCAGAACAAGUGCCACCCGGCACGACUUUUGUGCCGCAUCAGCAUCAAGCUCCUCCAAACCCUAAUACCAAGAACCAUCAGCACGAUGGGGCCCACUUGCAGCAGCCGCCGAAGAAGGCCUCGUCCUCGAAGCGGCCAGCGAGCGCGCAGGCGCACGUGAGCCAAAACGCGGGAGGCGCUGCGCCUGGCGCUGUGACGGCGUACCGACACGCUAAAGAGCAGGAAGCGCGAGCUGCUGCUGGGGUCGUACAGACGAGCAAACGGGCGGCGGUAGGUCCUCCGCCGUCCCCUGGAGGUGGUGCACACACGACUGCUGUCGCGAGACACCAACAGCAACAAUCUCCAGCCCAAGUUCUUGUGUCGGCGCAUCAAAUCCAACACGAGCGGAACAAUCAACCACCCAACAGUCCGCCGCAAACGGGAAGAACGUCUACUGUUCGCACUCAAAUUGUCGACUCCCGAACGAGCACAGUGUUGACCACAACUGCGAACAACAAAGUCGCCACGACAAGAGCUGCUUCCCCUGGUGGAGCGGCAGGAGUAGCACCAGGCGCUCCUGCGGGGGCAACAGCUUCGGAUCAGCAUCCUCAUCAGCACCAUGCUGUUCUUCACAACCGGCAACAGCCAGCGGUUUCAUCUAGCACUCGUGGUCGGCAGCAGAAGCAAAAUCUCAUCUCCACCCAGCUAAAAACCGACGAACGCGCGGACACCCGGGUGCAACGAUUGGGUUUGUCACCGAUACGAGCCGGGUUGGAGACAAAUGACCCGUCCUCCAGAAAGCGCAAAGCGUCGCCGGGUGACCGGGGCGGAAAAAAUUGCGCGUCCAGGUUUCAAAACCGAUACGGCAUGGCAGCUUCGCCGGAGUAUUUGGUUUUCAACGACGAAACGUCGGAGGAUCACAGUUUCUUCGUGAACGAUCAGAAGUUGAACUUCUCCCCGAAGGGGCAGAGCAAUCACGUGAUGGAGGCAAAAUUGAAGCAGCAGCAACACCUCCGCCACGCCGAGAUGAUUGCAAAGUACCAGGAGGAGCAGCAUCGGAAAGCGCGGCAGCGGUUACUGAAAGCGAUGGAGACGGCGAAGCCGGGUCAGGACGAGGCGUUGCUACGACGGGUUGACCAGUUGAUGCGGGACAUGAAGCACAUCUCCGGCGCCGCCUCCACCAGUGCGGCGAUUGCGCAAUUGCAGCAGAUUCACCCCGGGAAUGUCGGGAAGUUGGAAAAGGUAUCGCACAUGAUCAGUCCGAGCAAUGGGAACAAGAAGUCACCCAUGCUGAUGAACCAAGUUCCUCAUCCUCCCUCGUCCAGUAGCAUCCUCCUUCCCAUGCCGAGUGCCGCGGCUGCGAGUGCAGUUUUUCCCCCGACUAGUACAGGCAGCGGAAGAACUUCUACAGGUGCUGGAGUUCCACCUGCGUCAAUCUCUGAUGGAAGUUUGUCCCCGCACAAGCUCGUCGAGCCCGGCGGGUUGCUUUCCCCUCCUGCCAGACGGAAGCAACACUUGAAAGACCCUUUACAGCUUCCUUCACCACUUUCCUCCGACGCGUCGUCGCCGAAAAGAGGGAAAAACAAAUUAACGCCAAUCGGUGGGGAAAUCAAUAUGAAUAACAGUCUGGACAACUCGAAUUCGGUCGAGGUCGAAGUGGAAGCGCUGUACGACAAGCAUUCCAGCAGCUCCACCGCUUCCCCAAAAAGACUCUCGGCGAAUCCGCCGAAAAUCCUGAUGCCCAUUUCCCCGUCGACCAAUCUUCCACCGCAGUCAGAACUCCUAGAUAAUGCCUCAACAUCCGGUUACCACGAGCAGGACAGAAUUAUCGAGGAGCACAAGAAGGCUCUGCUUUUACAGGACCAUGUCGACAGCACGAUCCAAGUGCCGCCGAAGCAGCGGGCGUUCGUGAAGUUGGAUGCGUUUGGGCGGGAGCCGGAGAAACUCUACGCAUCGCAGUUGCGGCUGGAAGAGUUACGGAACUACAACCUGCUCUCGCACAACGAAAAGGUUCAUUUGGUGAACCAGGUGAAGGCGCUUAUCGCCUCUCGGGAGUUGGAGGUACAGGAUACAUAGAUAGAAAGAUGAAUUUUACACAUUUGUUCUCUGUCGGACUUCGGAACUUUUGAAAACCCACGGCAUUUUUGAUGCUUGCCAAUGAAGAAUAAACACCAGCGGGCUUUACUUGCUACGACAUCACUUCGAAACACUACGAUUCCACAGGGUAUCGACCGCGAUUUGAAUUUGAAAGCCGCCAGGAUGUAUGCGGGGUUUGAGAUUGACCGCAUUUUCGAGGCGAGAAGCAAGCCACCAGAACCACAAGCAGCCGCACAGCCAGCCGCGAAGUCGAAGAGCAAGAGCGCAGGAGGAGUAGCUGCGCCCACGAUGAUCAAGAGCAAAGCUAGUUCCAGCAAUAAACCAGGUGGAGGUCCACAUGUGAUCAGUGGGGCGGGCCACGGCGCUAUCAACGCUGCAGAGGUGGAAGCGAUGGUUGCGGCGACGCAACAGAAGCUGUUUAUGACGAGCGAGGAGGAAUCAUCUGCAGCGUCUCUUUCCUCAACCGCGAUGAUGGAAAACCAAAGCAGAAGUUUUGAACCGAUACCCACGAUGGGUGCAGUAGCAGCUCCUGGGGGAAGUGUUAACCGAGGAACAGGCGGAGGCGCAGGUGGGUCUACUGGUGGUGGUGGUGGAUCUUCGAAGGUGUCUGCGGCGUCAGUGGCUGCGCCUGCGCCUGCUACAGGAGGUAAUCAAGGGUUGCCGCUUGUUUGCGUCGCAUGACAGUACAAUGAUCACUACGUUGAAAUGAUGAUGGCGGUGCUUGCACACUUGUACUUGACCAUGAGCAUGCAAGAACUUAAACUUUACAAUAAGCAAACUACAGGCUCGUCGUCCCGCAUGCAGCUCUUGCACGAAAACGCCAGUGCGUUGCUGAUCCAGCACCGUUGGAAGAAGAAGGUGAAAGCGCUGAACCACCUGCAAGACGCCAACAUUCAGCGAGAUGAGGACGGACUUUUUGAAGUGGGGUAGGAUGCAGAAGUUGGUUCAAAUUUAGGAAAAAAAAGGAGCUACCGGGUAGCUUCGAACAACACAGGUGAAGAUGCUUUUCUAUGCUACAGCAUUCACGGCAGGUGCAGGAAAUCUCAGAUGCUUCGUCGCUGAGCUAGAACUUCACUCAUUUAUUUUACGCAAAGGUUAGUGCGAGUGGUUCUCAGCAAAAAUAAACUUCACCCACAU